CUGAAAUACAUUCCCCGGGAAACAAAGACUAGCUUUCAUUAGACUUAACCUUAAUUAAAUUUACGCGUGUCAGCCUAGAGGUCAAGGACAAACUCGAAGGUUAAAAUACACACACGUUAUGUCUGCACGACAUAGAAACAAAGAGCUAUUAAAAGCAACAUUCAAAUAAUAUUCAAAUAAGAAAACGAUAUUGACCUUACCAACAUGGCGCCCGCUGCACGGCGUUUUUGCUUUGAUUGUGAAACAGUUGCAUAAACUCUCCUUCAAAAUAAAUAAUAAUUAAAAAAAAAACUGUCAGCCAAACACCUGAUCAGCCACACAUCACCGAAAACACUCCACGAUAACAUGUUUUCAGCAACUAUCGCACGAAAGGUGGUUCAUUCUGUUUGCCGGGCAUCACUGCGUCCAGCUGUCAGCUCAGUGAUUUCUCGGGGAUACCGUGGUGAUGCUCCAGAACCAACCAUCAUUGAGAUCCCUAGGCCUCCGUGGCAGGAGAGGACAGGAGAAUCCCUGGCGAUCAAGAGAAAGAGACUCCUGUACGAGAGCCGCAAGAGAGGCAUGCUGGAGAACUGCAUCCUUCUGAGCCUUUUUGCUAAGCAGUACCUGAACACAAUGAGUGAAUCUCAGUUAAAGCAGUAUGACAGACUCAUCAAUGAACCCAGCAACGACUGGGACAUCUACUACUGGGCAACAGAGGCUCAGCCGACACCUGAUGUGUACCAGAGCGAGGUGAUGGACAUGCUCAAAGAGUUCGCCAAGAACAAGGACAUGGAGCAGCGUCUAGAUGCCCCUAAUCUGGAAUAUCUGGACAAGAGCAGUUAAAACUCGCCCUUCUGCCAGAGACUGUCAUAGAGAAGCAGAACUGAGCUCAUACGAACACAUCUUAUAUAAGAGGACAGACACCUGAGACCUAUUCAGAGUCAUUUUAAAGGUGCCUGGGAUUAAAUAUUACAAUAGCGACUAUAAAACGCACAUCAUAUAUUGGACAGUUUGCAUGUACACAUAAAUAAAAUAACUGUCAUCAUAAAAAGCUGAUCCUUUGAUUCAUGUUAAUAU